AUGUCAGAAAAACACGCACGAUCUUCCAUUGAUGUCCCGCGGGCUGGCUCUGCAAGACCUACCCCGUCCUCAGGAAAGGUCCAAAGCAGCAGCACGAUGAAUGCCGAGAAGAGCACAGUUCUACGACGUGACGCAGCGUCACCCAAUAACUCAGACAGAGAGCAGGACCGUACAUCUACCACUGGUCAUUCUGGCCGACCUUCCGGGCAUGCUAGUACACUGCCCCACUCCAGAGGAAGUAAUGCAGAUGUUCACCAUUCACAUAAUAUGCUCGGAGACACAAAUUCACAAGGAUCAGAAAGUACUACUAUAAGAGAUGAUAGUCACAGUCAAUCUCAGAAUCCGCCCAACGAAUUAUCAGAAUCUCAGCAACAAGCAUAUCAAAGGGAAGUUCAGCAAGUUGAAGUGAAACCAAUAAUAAUAACAGUCGAGCCACCCAUAAAAGAAGGUCUAUUGGACAUUCCCGCUGUCAGGGAGACUCCAAGAAAAGCAUAUAACUUUCAAAGGAUUCUUGGGAGGGGGAUUUUCGGAGAGGUCUUUCGCUGUACUGUCAACACUAAGGAUAGGUAUGCCGUGAAAACUAUGAAACCUGCAUCUGAGAUCCAUAUGGCCGUCAAACAGAAGUUUGAGAUAGAAAUCCUAGAAGAGAUGAGUGAGAAUCCUAAUCGUCCCGGUUGUAUCAUGAAAUUCAUUGAAGCAUUCUGGUCAUCCGAGGACACAGAAUAUCCGCGGAAUCCUCAGGGAGUUGCAGACCAUCUAGGAAGAAGGAUUUGUAUUGUUUGUGAGUAUAUUGAGGGUCCCACCCUCUUCCAAAUCCUGCAUCGCAAGCAGGCUAUCAGAAGGCGUGGAACAAAUAUUCGUGAUUUUCCUAUGAAGGAUCCACAGGACGUCAAAUCUGUCAUAAGACAAAUCCUAACUGGCCUUGUAUUCUUAGAUGACAUUGAUGUGGUACAUCGCGAUAUAAAGCCAGAAAAUAUUCUGAUUGUAAGGCAAAGGCGUAAUAAAAUACUGGUAAAGAUAAUUGACUUUGGACUUGCAGUAAGGGCCUCCAGUCGGGGUGCACACGGUAUACGUGCAAUUGCUGGAUCAUGGCCGUACUUUCCUCCUGAGAUUGCUUGUGGCGCAAUAGACGACAAAAUUGCAACUUGUACAAUGGAUAUUUGGGCACUUGGUGUGACAUUCUGGGAAAUGAUACAUGGAAUCGAUACAUUCCCAAUCGACGUAAUGACCCGGCAUGAAGCUGAGCGUGAAGUCGUAAGGAAAAGGGGCUGGGACAGUAAAAAGCGCCAGGAGUUCUUUGAUAAUGCUUCAACAGAGGAUCUUAACAAGCUAACUAGACGAGUACAGCAUGUUCAAAAGCUGUACAAUGAACACCAGUUUGGAAAGGAACUUAAAUUUGACACUAAAGAAUGGGAAAAGUUUAAAGAAGGCAGGUUCAAAUCCUUUUAUUCCUUACAAGACAGGGCUAAUGUGUGCCCUUACAGCUAUACCUUUGGUCAGACGUUUCUUAGAGAAAAACUAUAA